AUGAAAACAGUGUGGAGGUUUGUGUCAUCGCCUUUACGAACGAUUUCAGAUGAAAAUGAAAAGUGUCAGAAGAAGACCUUCACCAAAUGGAUCAAUUAUCAUCUUGAAACUGUGAGUUUUGGGGGUUGGGGUACCAUUAGUACUAUUAGUGAUUGUAUUAGUAAGGGUAGGGGUAAAAAUUAAGCUGGGGUAUAAUAUGAGUGCUGAUGGUACCAUAAGGUAUAGGAGUACCAUUAGUACCACAGGGAGUAUUGGUACCAAUAGUACCAGUAGGGAUACCAGUAUUACUAUUAGGUGUAGGGGUAGAAAUUGAAGUUUAAAUGGACUCUAGGUCCAAAAUAUUGAAAAAUCUGGUUUCAGCACUCAUCAUCUGGCCAGAUCUCUAACUUGUACACUGAUCUCAGGGAUGGCGUCUUCCUAUGCCAUCUUAUCGAAGUUCUCACCGGCGAUGCAUUGGUAGGUUGUUUUGAAAAUUAACAAAAAAAUUUUUCUUAUGCCUUGACGUAUUUUACAAAAUUUUCUAAACUUUAAAAAUUUCCAAAAAAAAUUUCGAUCGGUCGAUUUUUCAAAUUUUUUUUUAAAUUAAGGUUAGAGGAGUAUUACUAAAAGAUUACUGAAAGCGUUUUUUUGUCGUUUUUAUCAAUCUUAGACUAACAGAAUAAGCGAAAAGUUACAAAAUAACGGAAAGCCAAAAAGCCCGCGAAAAAUCAAAUUUGAAUUUUUUAAAAUUUUUAUUGUUGAAAAUAUUUUAAAUCUUUUUUAUAAUAGUACAUAGGAUGUACAUUGUAACGUAAAUACUGAAAAAGUUAUUUAAAAGCACUCGAAACAGAAUGCCAAAAAACCGCGAAAAAUCAAAUUUGAAUUUUUCGAAAAAAAAUUUUGAAUAGAAACUACGUCACAUCUUGCUUAAAAUUGCCAUUAGGUCGUUAAGAAUAAUUCAAAUGCUGAAAAAGUAGUUUUAAAGCACUUGAAACAGAAUGCCAAAAAAGCCCGCGAAAAUAAAAAUUCAAAAAAAAUUUUUAAAAUUUCGUAGGUAUGUUAAAAGUAAUGUAAAAUGUAAAGUAAAAAGAAAUUUUUGAUUAAAUUUGGUUUUUUUCAGCCAGUUAAUAAAGCGUUUGUCUCAAAAAGAGUGCACCACAUGACCAACCUGCAGACCUGUUUGACCCAUUUGAGAGGUCGAGGAUUGGAGUUGGUCAACAACAAUGCUUCAGAUUUGGCCGAUGGAAAUCCGAGAAUCAUUUUGGGACUGAUCUGGCAAAUUAUUUUGCAUUUUCAAGUAGGGGAUACUAUAGUUUUUUUGGUUUUUUAUCUACUCUACCCCUACUUUAUCAUUUACCCUACCCUAUGCCUUGCCCUGGCUUUGCCCUGGCCUUGCCAUAAGUUUGCGCUGGCUUUGCCCCGGCCUUGCCCCGGCCUUGCCCUGGCCUUGCCCCGGCCUUGCCCUGGCCUUGCCCCGGCCUUGCCCCGGCCUUGCCCCGGCCUUGCCCUGGCCUUGCCCCGGCCUUGCCCUGGCCUUGCCCCGGCCUUGCCCCGGCCUUGCCCCGGCCUUGCCCCGGCCUUGCCCCGGCCUUGCCCUGGCCUUGCCCCGGCCUUGCCCCGGCCUUGCCCCGGCCUUGCCCCGGCCUUGCCCUGGCCUUGCCCCGGCCUUGCACUGGCCUUGCCCCGGCCUUGCACUGGCCUUGCCCCGGCCUUGCACUGGCCUUGCCCCGGCCUUGCACUGGCCUUGCCCCGGCCUUGCCCUGGCCUUGCUCUGGCCUUGCCCUGGCCUUGCCUCGGCCUUGCCCUGCCUUCAUAUUAUCAUCUGUAAACAAAGUUUCUGCUAUUUCCAGGUCGAAACAGCCAUUGAACUACUUAGGGAAUGGGGACUAGACGCUUCCAGUCAAGGUGGUACCAUUUUAGUCUCGGAUGAACCAUCAAGUAGCAGUAGUUUUGAUACUCCAACUACGUCGAGAGCUUCAUUUCGGCUACAACAAACGCCUGAUAGGAUUCUGAGGCGGUGGCUGGCUUCUGAAAUUGGACUGUAAGUUUAUGCAGGUUGCGGGUGACAUGUUAUACGAUGGAUAGCAUUUUUUGUUUUGUAAAGAAAGUUCUUGCAUUUAUUUUAAUUUUUGAAAUUCAGACAUUACGGUAUCCGAGUAGAAGACAUGGACCGUUCCUGGAAGGACGGCGUAGCGUUCUGUGCUCUAGUCCAUCGCUGUCGACCGGACCUUGUUGACAUGGAGAAGGUCAAGAAGGGAAAUCCGAGGGAAAACCUGAGUAUGGCAUUCGAAUUGGCCAAAACACACCUUGGCAUUCGACCACUACUGGAUGUGGACGAUCUAAUGGUCGAUAAACCGGACAAAAGAAGUGUCGUCACUUAUGUGUCACAGUUCUUGAGACCUCCGCCUGGUAAGCUACUCUACCUUACCCUACCCUACUUUACUCUACCCUACCCUACUCUACUCUAUCCUACCCUACCCUACCCUACUCUACCCUACCCUACCCUACCCUACUCUACUCUACCCUACCCUACCCUACCCUACCCUACCCUACCCUACCCUACCCUACCCUACCCUACCCUACCUUACCCUACCCUACCCUAGUCUACUCUACCCUACCCUACCCUACCCUACCCUACUUUACCCUACCCUACCAUGCCCUACAGUGCUUUUCCUGGUUUAUUCAAUCCGUCUAGUUCACCCAAAUUUACCCUACCGAUUCUACAGUACUCUUACACUGUCAUACAGUACGCGUACUCUACCCUACUUUACCCUACAGUAACCUUAUCUCGUCUGUCAUAUAUACUCUACUUUGCCCUAAAUUACGGGAUUACUGUAUUAUUACCAUAACUUAGCUUGUAUUACGAUAUUACUGUAGCUUUACCCUAAUUUUAACGAGGCCUACCUGUCCUGCUUUAUCUUACUCAACUCUACAUUGCUGGAUUACUGUAGCUUUACUACACAAUUAAAAGGUCUUACCCUCUCUGCCUUACUCUACUCUACCCUACAUUGCUGGAUUACUGUAGCUUUACUAUACAAUUAAAAGGUCUUACCCCUCUCUGCCUUACUCAACUCUACCCUACAUUGCUGGAUUACUGUAUGUUUUUGCUCUAUUCUAGCUUAAAAGCUAUAUUUUGUUGGCGUUACUUUGGCCUUAUCUUACUUCUACUGUAGCCUUACUUUAAUCUGUCGCUCUACUCUACUUUCAACUUAUACCCAUCAUAGUCAACUAGUCUUUCUUCUUCUUUUUUAGCCAUUUUUUAGCUCAAACUAUUUAUCAUACUUCCAGGCUCUUCCAAAUACCAAUCAGGAGUACUACCAGUCAAAUCGCGUGUACUAUACCAAGGCCUGAUUCAAUGGAUUGACGAACUAAUCAAAAAUGAAAUGUUUGUCAAAAUGGAGUCCUCGGAUGUGCCAAUCUCAGAUCUCUUUACAUGGCGCUUUAAGAUGCGACAAGAGUUUUUGGAGAAAAAGGCCUUCUACAACGAUCUGAAACAGAAUCAUCAUGUUCUGGAGGCUAGCGAAUGGGACAUGGUCAAUGAUCAGUAGGUUUUUGGGGCUUGCUUCUUGGGGUUUUGGAGAGGGGGAGGUGUUAAGCUUAUAAAAUUUUUGAAAUUAGGCUUAUGAUCGGACGAAAUUAAACCUAAAAGCUAAAAUUAAGUUUAAAUUUAUAAAUUUUUUUUUGGUUAAAUCGACUGGUCGAUAAUUGUUUAAAACUUUUUAAAGGUUUUUAACUCGUAAGCUUAUGUUAGACUAUAAAAUGGCACAAAGGUUAACUUUCGCAAAAAAAAAUUAUUAAAAAAUCGACCGGUCGAUAAUUUUUUUAUCGGAUUUUUUGGAGGGUUGUCACUCUUUUAAGCCUAUAAUAGACUAUAAAAUAGCCUAAAAGGUUGAUUUUUACAGAAAAAAAAAUUUUUUGUUUUAAUCGACCGGUCGAUAAUUUUUUAUGGGAUUUCCUAAGGCUUUUAACUUUUGUAAGCCUAUAAUAGACUAUAAAACGCCCUAAAAGGUAGAUUUUUACAAAAAAAAAGUUUUUUUGGAAAAAUCGACUGGUCGAUAAAUUAAAAAAAACUUUUUUUGAGGAUUUUAUAACUAGUACUAUUAUAGUAUCAUGGAUCAGACAUGAGUUAAAGUAUGUUUUUUAAAAAAAAAUUUUUGUGAAAUCGACCGGUUGAUAAUUUUUUAUUGGAUUUCCUAAGGCUUUAUAACUUUUGUAAGCCUAUAAUAGACUAUAAAACGCCCUAAAAGGUAGAUUUUCACAAAAAAAAGUUUUUUUUGGAAAAAUCGACCGAUCGAUAAUUUGAAAAAAAAUUUUUUUGUGGUUUUAUAACUAGUACUAUUAUAACAUCAUGGAUCAGACAUGAGUUAUAAAUAUGUUUUUAAAAAAAUAUUUUGAAAAAUCGACCGGUCGAUAAUUUUUUUAAAAAUUUUUGGUUGUUUUUGGUUAAAUUAAGUAAAAUACGUCUUGCAUUAAUGCAGUAUUUUUAAGAUGGACUCAAAUUUGUAUCAAGAUGUCAGAAUGGAACAAGGCUUUUGACAAGAAGCUGCCUCAACCCUUGAUGACCAUUGCUGACUGGUUGAACGGAGGAGAGAAAAUCAUCGGGGAAAAGUUGGAGCUGGACAAGAAAUCCAACUCUCAAAUUGUCAAGUACUUGGAGCAGAUGAUUGUCAAACAUAAUGUAAGUGUGAGCAAAAUUGAAGGUUUUUAGUGGUUUUAGGCAUAAAAUUGAUUUUUAGGCUUAUAAUUGGUUUCUAGGCUUAAGGUUGUCUUCUUAGGUUAAGUUUGAGUUUUAUGCUUAAAAUUAGUUUUUAGGCUUAAAUUUGAGUUUUAGGCUUAAAAUUAGUUUUUAGGAUUAAAAUUGGUUUCUUAGGCUUAAACUUGAAUUUUAGGUUUUAAAUUGUUUCUUAGGCUUAAAUUUGAUCUUUAGACUUAAAUUGAUUUUUUUGGAUUAAAAUUGAUCUUUUAGGUUUAAAAUUUCUUUCUUAGGCUUAAUAUUCGUUCUCAGGCUCAACCAUGAUUUCUUAGGCUUAACUCUGAUUUUUUAGGCUUAAAUUGGCUUUUAGGCUUAAAUCUGGUUUUCUAGGCUUAAAGUUGACUAUAUAGGCUUAAAGUACAUUUUUAAGGCUUCUAUUUCAUUUUUAGACUUAGAAUUGAAUUCUUAGGCUUAACAUUGAUUUAUUAGGCUUAACAUUUAUUUUUAAGGCUCAAGGAAGUUUUUAGGUUUAAGGCUUAAAAUAGGACUUCAAUUUGUUAUGAUCAAUCUCGUAUUUUACCUAAACUUAUAAUUAAAAAAUUUUCUCUUUGAUGUUCACUUUAAUUUUAGGCCUACUUCAAGACCUUUCCCAUUCAAAGAGAACGCUUCUACACGGUCGCCCAGACUGGCCUAGCGAACGGUCAAAAAGUCGAUGCAGAAAUCAUAAAAACGAUGCGAAAACGAGUCGAAUACCUAAGCCAAGAGGUCCAUCAACGAAUGAAAAGCCUGCUUCUGCUUCAAAUCCACUUCAGAAUCCAAUGUUUCGUCGAUGAAUUGGAGAAGAAGAUUAAUUUGUGGAAGAGUCCGCCCAACCUGGCGGCCUUGAAACGCUUCCAAGCCGACUACAAAGCCGAAGCCAAGACGAAGCCGGACGAGCGGGCCGAGAAGUUGUUGAGAAUCAUGAAGGAAACGACUUCUGAAGACAUCGUGAUACCUAGUUUCAAUAAUUCGGAAGUCUUGACCAAGAACGAAGAAGCCUUACUCAACAUUGUCAAUGAAUUUAAAGCCCUCGGGCCGAGAAUCAAGGAACAGAAACGCCUCUGGGCCGAAUUUGAAGCGAUUUGCAAGGAAUUGGAGGCCGAACUUAUCCUAUGUCAAACUGAAAAGAGAACGCCACGAUUUGACUGCAGAAGCAAGCUGGAUGAGGCCAAGAAUGUGGCCCAGAAAAUAAUGUCAAUUUUGGUCUCUACAGCCGCUGGACUGGCAUUGAAACAGAGGCUCAAAGGGCUGGAGAGCCGAGUGGAUAAGGUAGGGUUUAUUUGCCAUUUUUUGUUACAUAUCACAAAAAAGCUGACCAAUCUUUGUCAAAAACUUUGUAGAAUACUUUUUUGGGUAUUUACUUUACUAUCAAAUGUCAUUUCCAAUCAAAACCUUGUCAUUUCUGGCCUAAAAACACUAUUUCCUUCCAUCAAUCCCAAACAAAGUAAAAUAUUUUGCCAUUUUUUAUUUAUGUCACAAAAUUGAACAUGCCAAUCUUUAUUAAAACAUGUUUAAAAUACUCCUUAAAAUCAUCUUUUCAACCUAUAAUAUUAUUUAUAAUCAAAACCCUAUCAUUUUUAACCAAAAACACUCUUUUCCCCACCGUUCCUCGAACUCGACAAAAUAAUCAAGCGCACAGUUGCUUAACUUGCCAGAUCGGACGGGAUGUCGCACUCCUUGUCCCACCAAAAUCGCCUCUUUUGUUUUCUGGCCACGCCUUUUUGGCUCUCUUCCUCUCCCGGCUUGAUUUGAAUUGCAUAGUCCGAAAAGGGGAUCUCGUCCGAUCUGGCAAGUUAAGCAACGGUGCGCUUGAUUAUUUAGCGAGGGUUCGGGGAACGGCGAAGGAAACUGGUGUUUUUGGGUAAAAAUGAUCGGGUUUUAAUUGGAAAUGAUAUUGGGGGUUAAGAUAGAGAUUUUGGUGGGUAUUAUAAAAAUGUUUUAAUUAAAAUUGCCAGGAGGUUUUUUGUUGUACGAUUAAAAAACGCAAAAAUUUUGGAAAUUUUGAGGAAAACAAACCUUUUUGAGGCGUUUAGGUAACAAUUAAAACGAUUUUACUAAAGAAUAAGAUCUGGGGUUAUAGCUAGGAUGAUAUGGCUUGUUGUAGUAAUAUUUUUUAGGCAAUAUUCUUCUUUUUAGGUACUGUUGUUUAAUUUUUUAGAAGUAAUGUUUGCCUUUUUAGCUACUUUUCUGCCAUUUUUCAAUAUAAAAGUUAUUUUAUAGCCAAUAGUCUUUAAAAAGUCUAGUUUUCUGAAGUUUUUUGGCCGAGGCCGACAAAGUAAAGGAUAUGAAUCACCUCAUAGACGUUGAUUUGUUUUAGAUUGACCCUCAAAAUGAGCCGAAACCCGGUCCAACGGAAGAAACACGAACCAUUCGAACCGCCAGAAUUCAUUUGAAAUCAAAAAUGGCUUCAGAUGACGGAAUUCAUCGUCUCAAAGGCUUUGUGAAGAACGUUCAGGCGUUGUUGAGGAAGCGACCGAAUAAUCGACAGGAUUUGGCAGAGUUGAUCAGUGAAUUGAAUGUAAGUGAUAAGUAAACAAACUAUACUGAUUAUUUUGUAUUUUAGAUUUUGAAUGGCUCUAAAGUUUUCUACGUAUUUUACCGUAAAAUUGUAAAAAACGGUAAUUUGCCUUAACAUUAAAAUUGAAGGUUUUCGUGGUGGGACCCAUUUUUUACGUUUAAAAAAAGCUGAACGUUAAUUAUAGCUUUAAUAUGUCUAAAAAGAUUUUACGAAGCGUAUUUUACCUUAAAGACGCUUUAAUUUGGCCAAAAUGAAGGUUUAAAGUUUUCGUAGUGGGACCUAUUUUCAGUAUUUUUAGGACUAAAAUCAUAUGUUACUUGGUUUAGUAUGCUUAAACAUUAUUUCUAAGGCUUUUUUUACUUUAAGAAUGCUUAAAUUUGGCGAAAAAUGAAAGUUUGAAGUUUUCGUGGUGAGACCCAUUUUUACGAUUUUUUUGGAUUUUAUAGUAUAUUAUGAGAGUAGUAUAACUAAAAAUACUUUUACAAUACUACGAAAUCUAUUUUUUUAAAGAAAAAGCGAGGAUUUACGUAAAAAUUAAAGUUGAAGGUUUUCGUGGUGGGACACAUUUUUAAAUUUUCUUUCACCUUUAUACUAUAAUAUAAGAGUAGUAUAACUAAAACUGCUUUUUUACUGCCACAAAUUAUUUUUUAAAUAUUUUUUCAAAAGUACCAUCUCAAAAUGUCAUAAAUUUCAGGACUGUGCCGAGACCAACGCCGAGCACGAUGAGCUUCUGAAUCAGUGCCUCGAAUCCGACGCAUUACCCCGUCACGAAGCUGAAGCGUUGUCCAAAUCCUACCGGCAAACCAAGCAAUCUUUAAACAAUAAAUUGGAAAAGUUGCGCGAGUUGCAGCCAAUUCUAAGCUUUGUUGAAACGAAGCUGAAGCAAAUGGAAGAAUGGACCCAGUUUCACUCGCCUGACUCUGAAUUGGCCAAACUAUCGGUUAGGGAACGAUCGGAAUUGGUGGAUCAACUUGGAGCUGAACUGGCUAUUCUCGAACGACCGGAAAAUAAAGGUGUUGUGGCAACGGAACAGUUGCGCGCGUUGCAGCAGGAAAUCAGCUCCUUGUUUGUGGUAAGGAGGGUUUUGGGGGGGGGAAGUUGGAAGAUGAUUUUCAUAAUGGUGGGAGAAAAAAAGGCAGAGCGCUUAGGGUUGAUUGGGGGAGGGGGGGGCUGAUAGUCAAUAUAAAAAUUUUUUGGGUUUGAUGUGAUUACUGUAAUUUCCUCUUUCUAUAAAUAUAUCUUUUUAUUUCUUGCUAAGCUCUACCCAUACCCCAUACCCUCAUACCCAUGCUCAUACCCAUGCUCAUACCCAUGCUCAUACCCAUGCUCAUACCCAUGCUCAUACUCAUGCCCUUACCCAUACCUCAUACCCCAUACCCUUAGCCAUGCCCAUACCCCAUACUCAUACCCCAUACCCCAAUACCCCAUACCCCAUACCCCAUACCCCAUACCCCAUACCCCAUACCCCAUACCUUCUCUAGCUGUAUUGUAACGUGCUUUACCCUACCUUUCCUAAAGUACCCUUACUUUACUCAUAGUGUUCUUACCUUACCUUACUUUAUCCUACUAUACAGUAUCACUAUCUUUUCUUAUCUUACCCUUACCACAGCUUUGCUUCUAUCAACGCUUCUAUCAUAGCUAUGAUAACACCUACCCAACUCCAUUUACAUUUCUUCUACAGCAAACUAUACUGUAUCGCUUUACCCGCUUCUAUGCUUUCAUUUAGCUAAUUGAAACCCGCCAAUUAGAGAUCACAAUGGAGGUGAUCGAGACCAAAACCUUGGUCCGCCGCAUUAAAAAGGAGCUUCGAAAAGAAGCACCACCCGAACCAGAAACACAAGAGGUGAUAUACACUUCUAUUUGUGGUUACUUUUCUGUUUUUUCUUUUUGCUUUUCUAUAAUUUCUUCUUUUUGUUUUGGUUUUGAGGUGAUUUCAGUUAUUUUUGAGGUUGUUUUGAUUGGUUUUUGAGGUUAUUUUGGUGGUUUUUGAUGUGAUUGUGAUGGUUUUUGAAGAGAUUUGAUGGUGUUUGAUGUUUAUGUUAAUAUUGUGAAGUGGAUGUGGUUUUUAAUGGGCUAAAUUAGAGUUAAAAAGAUAGCUAAAAGUCUUCAAAACUUAUAUUUUAAAGUUUUGAACUUCAUUUGUGUUGAAAUAGAGGCAAAAAACGGAAUGCCAAAAAUGGCGGAAAAUUGAAAAUUCAAAUUUUUAACUUGGUUUUUUUGGAGAAAUUUGUCAAGAUUUUUUUUGUAAAAAUGGAUUUUCUGGGUAAUGAGACAUGUUUUUAUGAUAUGAUAAAGUGAUUUUGGGCUUAAAUUUUAAAAUUUAAAAUUUCAAAAAAAAAUUUUUUUUUGAAAUUUUUUAAAAUUGUUGAUUGAAUUUGUUUUUAGUACUCUAAAAUAAAGUUUUGACACAAUUCUUAUAAGUUAUGAUUAGCAAAAACUUCAUUUACAACCAUUUUUUCAAAGGUUCAAAUUUAGUUUUAAAAAAUUUUAAAGAAAAUCAAAAUUUUUAAAAUUUGAAAUUUCAGCAGGACACAAUGCAAGUAGACGAAGAAGAGCUGAUGAAAUCCGCCAUCGACCAGUUGAAGAACAUUAAAAAUGUCAAUGAAACGGCCGCAAAUCGUAUAAAUGCCCUGAAGGCACGAUUUGAAACCACAAAAACUACUGUAGAAACGGAAUACGGGGUUACUGUCGAUGAUACGUUGGUUAAACAGAGAAUUGAUGAGUUGUUACAGAGAAAACAAGAAAUUAUUGAGAGGAAAAUUGAUUCGGAAACUGGGGCCAGAGGCGCGAUCAAUGAGAUGCAGAUCAUUAAUGUUACCUUGGCUCAACUUAAAGGUAUGUUUUGGGGUUUUCAAAUUCUUUAUUGUUGACCUCUAAUACAUUUUCUGAUCAAAAUACGAUUAUUUUUACCUAAAAACUUGAUUUUUGGAACAAAAACGUCAAUUUUCAUCUACAAUUUUUAAGAUUUUUGCCAUUUUUUAAUCAUACCACAAAAACACCUAUGCCAAUCUUUAUUAAACCAUUUUUAAAAUACUCUCCAAAAUCUCUAUUUUAAAAUACAAUAUCAUUUCCAAUCAAAACCCCAUAAUUUUUACCCAAAAACACCAGUCUCCUCCACCGUUCUUCGAACCCUCAUGAAAAUAAUCAAGGGCACCGUUGCUUAAUUUGCCAGAUCGGACGGGAACCCCUUUUUGCACUGUGCAAUUACAACCAGGCCUGGGAAGAAGAGAGCUCAAAAAGGCGCGGCCAGAAAACAAGAGAGGCGAUUUUGGUGAGACAAGGAGUGCGACAUCUUGUCCGAUCUGGCAAGUUAAGCAACGGUGCGCUUGAUUAUUUGGCGGUGGUUCGGGGAACGGUGGAAGCAAACUGUGUUUUUUGGUAAAAAUCAUAAGGUUUUGAUUGGAAAUGAUAUUGGGGGAUAAAAACAAGAUCGUAGACGGUAUUUGAAAGAUGGUUUAAUAGAGAUUGGCAUGACGAAUUUCGGGAUAUGAAUAAAAAAUGGCAAAAUAUUUUACUUUUUUUUGUUAUUGAUGGAAGGAAAUGGUGUUUUUGGGUCAGAAAUUAUAAGGUUUUGAUUGGAAAUGGCAUUGCAUUUUUAAAUAUAUACUUUGAGAAGUAUUUUAUGUUACUUUUGAUAAUGAUUGGUCUAUUUACUUUUGUGGUAUCAUCAAAAAAUGGCGCAAGAUUGAAGUUUUUUCAAUUUUUUUGGUAAUUUAUGCCAUUUUUUAUUAAAUUAAAAGCUGUUUUUUGAAUGAGAAGUAAUGUAAAAUACGCUUUAAGGCUUUAAGUCGUGCAAUGCCAUGAUUUUGUUAACAUUUUUUAAACAAAUUUUGAAAUUUUUAGUCGAAAACGAUGACCGUUCACUCCAACUCGAGGCCAGAUGGUCCGAACUCUACAACAAUUUCAAUCGUAUCUUUGUCUAUCUGGAACGUAUAAAGCAGUACAAUGCCAACAUUAACAAGUACCGUAAAUACCGUAAGAUUCUGAUGGUGAUAGACGAAGUUAAUGGUAUUAUAAUGGCAUUGAAGGAGCAUGAAGGAUGUGUUGAGUUGACCAAGAAUGCCAUUGAUGUGGCCGAGAAUCUGAAGGGAAAAUUGCACGAAAAGAGGGCGAAGGAGAGGAAAAGACUGGAGCAGCGGGUUUGGGACGUUCAACGAUGCCGCGAAGACGAGUUCGAGAAGGCCAUGGUGGUCAUUGAGGUGGGUGAUUGA